GCAGCUCAUCCAUGGAUGUCUUCUUCGAGACCUCCAAUGGGAAGCACUUCUCCAUCGAGAUCGGCUUCUUCGAUACCGUCCUCGAGAUCAAGGAGAAGAUCCAGAAGUACGAGGGCUUUCCCGUCUCCACCCAGAAGCUCGUGUUCAACGGGCAAGAGCUGGAGGAUGACCGCGACACUGAGCACUACGAUAUCCUUCAGAACUCUCGCAUCCAUCUCGCCCUCUCAGACCAGGACUCCGCCCCGCCUCCCGCGAAGCUCGACGCCCACCCCCGCGUCAACGUCGUCGUGAACGUGACCGUGUCCAAGCGACAGUUGACGCUGGACGCCGACGCUACCGACACCGUGGGGCAGCUCAAGGCGAGGAUUCACGACCUCGAAGGCAUUCCCACCAGCAGGUUCAUGCUGUUCCACGGCGGUGCCGAGCUGCAGGACCACCAGACGCUGGCCGACUGCGGGGUCGCCGACGACCCCGAGGUGAGCCUCGUGGUGAGGCCCUUCCCGCCGUCGCCGCCCUCGUCGUCGGCGCCGCUCCAGGGCUCCAAGAAGCUGCGGCUGAUGGUGCUGCCCAAGUGCGGCACCAAGAAGGUGCCGGUGGACGUGAACGCGUCGGACAACGUGAGCGAGCUGAGGAAGGAGCUGCAGAGGUUGUACGGCGUCUUCAACUUCCAUCUGCCGACCGACGGCUACUUCUUCAUCUACAAGCAGAAUGUGAUGGACGAGGACAAGUCCUUCAGGUGGCACGACGUGAAGCAGGGCGACACCAUCGAAAUCUUCAACGGGAGCGUCACGGGCGGAUCGUAA